AUGAAUGCUACUUCAGCGUAUUAUCAUUCACAUUCUAUUGCUCCUUAUCCUAUAUUACGUGUCCUUGAUCCAAGAACAAAUUACCCUUCUGUAAAUGUAGGACCUCUUCUUGAAAAUUAUCCAUUAAUUGGUAACCAAAAUAAUGUUAAUUGGAGUCAGAUAAAUGAAAGAAAUCCAUUACAACAUAUUAAUCAAGCACCUAUAAUGGCAAACACAGGAUAUGAUGGUUUAUACCAAACUCCUGAAAUUAAUCAACAAACAAUUGAUAAUAGUAAUAAUGAUAUAACAUUAAUGCAAUUACCAUCUAAUCAAUCAUCAAAUUCUCCUAAAGAUGUUAUUCUUAAUAAUACAACAACAACAUCCUCAACAAUUACAAUAGAUCAAGGAAAAUUAUCUAAAGAUACAAGAACACCAACACCAAAUAGUUCAUCAUCUUCACAAGCAUCAUCAGAUAAACUUUCUGUAUCAUCAACAACAAUAUCUUGUGGAACAAGCGCAAAAUCAAGUUUAUCAAUGACGACUUCACCACAAUCUAAUUUAUUUGUUGGACCUAAAACACCCCCACCAACUAUAGGUAAUGGAAAUGGUCAACCUGAAUGUGUACCAAAAAGAUUGCAUGUAUCAAAUAUACCAUUUCGUUUUCGUGAUAAUGAUUUAAAAAAUAUGUUUGAAAAAUUUGGAACUGUUACUGAUGUUGAAAUUAUUUUUAAUGAUCGAGGCAGUAAAGGUUUUGGUUUUGUUACAAUGGAAAAUGCUUCUGAUGCUGAGAAAGCUAAAGCAUCACUUAAUGGAACAACAGUUGAGGGUAGAAAAAUUGAGGUGAAUCAUGCAACUGCCCGAGUCCACUCUAAAAAACCGAAAAACGUUUAUGCAAAUAUUGAUCAAAAUGCAACGAUUGCUGUUUUGCAGAAUGCUGCAUUAAAACAAGUUAUUAAUAAUAUAGCAGCUAGAAAUACUUAUGGUAAUUUAGGUUUGAGGAAUCCAUUAGAUGCUACAGCUACAUCAUUAGUUUUACCACUAGCAUUACAACAAUCUGCUGUACAAGUACAAAAUCAAGCAUUACAACAAUUGUAUGCUGCUCAAUUGUACCAACAAGCACAACCAUUACUUUUUGCUUCUGGUGCUGUACCACAACAAGCAGCUGUACAGUUACAACUUCAAACACAAUUAUCUAAUAAUCCUAUUCAACCAGGUAAUGUAACUAAUCCCGGAAUAAUAGAUCCAAAUACAACAGCAUUAUAUGGUGUAGAUCAUGCUAGAUUACAACAAAUAUUAUUAUCACAACAACAAAAUGCUUUAGCAAAUAGUGUAGCAGUAAAUGGUCGAGUACCACAAGGAACAGUUACAGGAGCACCACCAACAGGGACCUCAGUUGUUACAGCUCAAACUGGAGCAAGUAUUUUAGGUGAACCAUAUUUAGGGAAUGCUUUACAAACUCAUAUGUCAACAUACAAUUCGCAAUAUAGGCAGGCAAAUCGUUAUCAGCCAUAUUAA